UUGGUUAUAGCGUGAUUUGUUGAGGAAUAAAAAGUAAUUGCUAAUUGAUAAACUCGUGUUACGAAAAAAUGUCGUUUUUCAUUCGAAGUGCCGGUAGUAGUAAGGGGGCAAAAAGAAAGGUCAAUGGGAUUGCUUCAAAGUUCAAGGGUUCAAAACCAAAGGGUAAACCCAGCACAAAGAAAGAUGAGGAUGACGAGAGCAUUGCCAGUUCAGAUGAAGAAUUUGCAGAAGAAAAACACAGGAACAAAAAGAUUGAGGAUUACGAGCAGAGUGAUUCUGAAAUAGAGGAAACUGCACAGGAAAAACGAAUUAGGUUAGCGAAUAAAUAUUUAGAAGAAAUAGCAGAACAAGAGAGGGACAGAAAGGAGUUUGAAGAAGGAGCUAUUGAAAAAAGGUUGAAAGAAGAGUAUCUGGAAGAAAAAGGGAGAUUGAGAAAAGUUGUUGCCAACACUUACAUGGGACAUGGAGAACCGCAGAUUCUCAAAUGUAAAGACCACAAAAAUUCGGUUACCUGCGUUUGUCUAUCCAACGACGGUCAAUUUUUAUUCUCUGGAUCGAAAGAUGGCUCUUUGGUCAAAUGGUCACUAUCCAAUAGGCAAAAGCUUAAAUCUCUGAAAGGGAAGACGAAAAAUCAAGAUGGAUUGAAAUGCAUUAGGUGCAUAGCAAUCAGCACAGAUGGGAAAUUUUUGGUGGUUGGAGCGGAAGGAACAAAAAAUAUAACAGUACUCUCAGCAUCGGACUUCAGUCACAUCAAAGACUUGCAAGGACAUAGAGACAUCGUCUCUGGGUUGGUGUUCCGAAAAAAUACGCAUACACUUUAUUCAGCAUCGCUCGAUCGGUGUGUGAAAGUAUGGAAUCUCGACGAAAUGGCUUACGUUGAAUCUCUGUUUGGCCAUCAAAGCAGCAUAACGUCGAUCGACGCUCUGGCUCGUGAAAGAGCCAUCACCAGUGGUGGUUACGAAUGUACAAUAAAAAUAUGGAAAAUAGUCGAAGAGUCUCAACUUACCUAUAAUGGACACACUGGCUCGAUCGAUGCCGUCAAGCUGAUAAAUGAGGAAAAUUUUCUUAGCUGUGGAGACGAUGGACAACUGUGUUUGUGGGGUUGUAUGAAAAAGAAACCACUGUGUACUAUUCGAGAGGCGCAUGGCAGGGAUGAGGAAAACAAAUUGCCAAUGUGGAUAUCCAGUAUUGCCACUUUUCUCAACACAGAUUUAGUAGCUUCAGGUUCCAGGGAUGGCGUCAUAAGGCUUUGGAGAUGUGGAGAAUCUUUCAGGAGCUUGGAACCUUUGUUCGAUGUAAAGGUUACAGGUUUCGUUAACUCGUUAGUUUUUACACCUGAUGGGAAAUAUCUUAUUGCUGGUAUCGGACAGGAGCACAAACUGGGGAGAUGGUGGCGAGUUCCAGAGGCAAAGAACAGCAUAGCCAUAAUACCACUGAUACAGAACAAAGAAGGCACGUAAUUCUUUAGAAAAUUCAAACUUGAAAUCGUGGUUAUUUAUUGCCUGUUAACAUUUUGAAGUGCUCAACAUUCUACUAAAAAAGGUUGUUUAAUAUUAUCAAAAUGGUCUCAGCUAGAACUUUACUGCUAAGGUCAUGCUGUACAGUAGAAUUUAUGAAUUUUUUUUUUUAA